CCCACUACUUCUAAAUACAUCACUCUCCCAUCUUUUUCCUUUGACUCUUCUGCACCUUCUCUUGCUUCCUCUCACAACUUUCUAUCCCCGUAACCACAAAAUGCCUUCAGAUGUUAGUGACCAGAAACUGGGACGAAUCCAGAACGCCAUGAGCACACACCCACCACCUAAGAUUGCAGAAUCACUGCCCUGUCCAAGGUGCGACUCAACAAGCACCAAGUUUUGCUACUACAACAACUACAACCUCUCUCAGCCACGCCACUUCUGCAAGGCGUGCCGCCGCUUCUGGACUCAUGGUGGGACCCUCCGUAACGUUCCCGUUGGUGGUGGAACCCGCAAGAACUCCAAACGCACACGCUCUUGUUCAUCUUCUGCUACUUCUGCAGCAAACUCUUCUUCAUCCACUGUAACCCAUGAACCCCUGCCCAUCUCCGCUAACCCUGUUUCUGGUUUGCCUUCUGCUAAUCCUGAAAUUGCUUCAGUUUCAACAACUGACGUAAACCUAAACCUGAAUGAGAAUGUGCCUGAGAGUGGCAACUUUACUGCGAUGUUGAGCAACAUGCAAGGCCAAAAUUUGAUGAACCUGGGCGGUUUUAAUGGGUAUAACAUCGGGUCAAGUUUUGAAGAACUGGGGCUCGGCUUUUGUGGUGCACGUGUUUGGGAAAUUCCUGAAGCUGCUUCUGCUUAUGCUGGUGUUAAUGGAAGUGGUUCUAGUGUUGGUGGUGUUGCAAUGGGUGCUGCUUCUUCUGGGUGCAACACGUGGCCGAUUAUGAGUGAUGAAGAAGGUGGUAACGGUGUGGUGGUUGGUGAAGAUUACUUUGGUUGGUCUGGUCGUGCUAUAUCUACACCAGGACAGGGCUUGAAGUAAAGCUCCUUUAGAACUUUAUCAUUUCAAUGAAAGGAGGGUUUGUCUUUUUAAUCUUCUUUGCGUUUGGGUUGGGUUUUGAGUUUGGUUAUGGUUUUAGGAUCCAGGUCUUUUAUGGUUGUCUUGUGGGUAUAAUAGACCAUACGUAGGUUAUAUAAUAUAAUAGAAAUCAAAUGUGACUCAGAGACUCAGUUCAGUUGGAUUGAAGUUUCCUUUUUGACAGGGCAGUAGUGUCCUUGUGGCUUUAUUAGGGUUCUGUUUUUAUUU